ACACGAAACGCGUAUCGCUUGUUCAAACACGGACCGCUUGUCUGGUGGUACUUUCGGUCGAAUGUCUGUUGAAUGUCUAACGUCAAACCAACUUCACCGCGGUGAAACAGAGUUAACGCCGCUUCAUAAAAGUAGGAGGCGCCAACAGGAAAUAUAAAAGUAAAGUGAAAGUGAACUUGUCCCAGUCAAAGGUUCCUGCGAAUGUGCUGCUUUUUUAACGGAUGAUGAAGAUGUUUAUGUUUUGCGUCUUCCUCCAGUUCGAAUUAAACAGGAACUGUAGCCUAUAUGCAGGUCUACGUCACCAGGGAUAGAUGUCCAGGCCUGGUCACAAGUACUGUAAUAACACAAGGUGAGGCUGGUGACACAGACUUUGUCUGUCCUCUAGUUUCCCAUCAUGCAUCAGCUGAUGAUAUUUACGAGGGCGACACCUUCCUGCUGCCCUGUGAGUUUCCCACCUUUGAUGUCGACCCGACUCCUUCGGUUCUGUGGAGCCGCUACGACCUCAGACCUUCAACUGUCCAUCGGCAUCAGAAAGAAGGCGACGCAUUUGAGGACCAGAACCAGCUUUACAGCGGCCGGACCUCGAUGAUGACGGACGCUCUGGAAACUGGAGACCUGAGUUUGACCCUGACGCAGCUGAAGGUGUCUGACAGUGGAACCUACACCUGCUCCAUCACUAGUGUAAGAGGAGAACAGCAUGUUACAGACGUACAGCUGCAAGUCAAAGAGCGGUUUCCUUCCUGGGCCACAGCUCUCUUGGUCGUCUUUAUAGUUCUUGUAGCUCUUGUCCUAUGUUUCCAUCAGUAUUUCAAACCAGUUUACCACGUGGAUGUUAAAUCAGGGGUGGAGUCUGUCCAGCUACCCUGCAAAACCGUGCGUUACCUGAACAGAUUCAACAAGGUGGAGUGGCGCCAAUACAACAACAUCGUCCACACGUACGAGGUUGACUCUGAGCCGACUGGACAUCAAUACAUACAAACAGAGAUGAAGACGACUCCAAUGAGAUGGGGAAACUUCAGUCUGACCCUGAAAAACCCAAUUGAAGACAACAGCGGACCCUGGACCUGCAGCAUUUACAGGGACGGAGAAAUGCUGAAGAAAAAAGUGCAUCUCCAGGUCAAUGUGCCUGAAGUGAAAGUGGUUCCAGGACAGGAGUCUGUCCGACUGCUGUUCAGGACCACAGUCCCCUCAGCUGUAGUGAAGUGGUCCAUAAAAACCAGUGGAGUCCAGGUCCACGUGUUUCACAACGGUUCUGACCAACCUGAGGAUCAGUACUGGUUGUACCGUAGACGAACAGAGAUGACACAAAAUGACUUCAGUCUGACCCUGAAACACCCCACAGACUUCGACAGUGAGACCUACAUGUGCACCGUCUACAGCGAGGAUGGAAACAUCCUGAGGAAGAAAGAAGUACGGCUUAAUGUCGAAGUCUGUAAAGUGAAGUUUGCGGAGGGGGAAGAGUCUGUCCUGCUGCCAUUCAGAACCACAGAGAACCUGCCUGACGAUGUUGUGGUGGAGUGGAGACGUGAAGAUCUCAACCACCCCGUUCACAAAUAUCUUGAUGGUUCUGAGCAACUCGAUCAACAGGACCCAGGUUACGAAGGCCGCACAGAGAUGAAGGCCGACCUGCUAACAAGUGGAGACUUCAGUCUGACCCUGAAGGAGCCAAAGGUUCAAGACCAUGGAACAUAUGUCUGUGAGGUCUUUAACACUAACAUACGACGGAGGAAAACUGUGAAACUGCAGGUCAAAGGAGGAAGAGCACGACACAGGUGGACCAGGAGAGACUCAGCUGAUCCUACUCCUCUGCUCAACCUGGUCUGAGCAGAGAAGUAGGUUUGCAUUCAGUGACGACCUUCUUCCUUCUGUUGGAUGUAGAUCUGUGAACUGCUUUUUUUAGCGCCUCAGACACCUAUGUCACUUUGUGGGGUGAUUUUGUGGGUGUGUUUGUUUGCAUUAAUUCUAAAGACCACACCCCACCUAGACCAGCUCCUGUAUUGUGUGUGUUAGAAAAAAUACAAAGAAACCAAACUAAUCUCCGUCUCCUUGCUUCUCCACCGCACCAACUGUAUCACUAAUAUCUUCCUGGCCUUGAAGUGGUGUUCUGGCCGACACCCAGAAUAGUGGCAGUGAGAAUAACAGGCCUGCGCCUAUGCAACCUUACUGCACAACUGUAGGUCAUACAGAAAUACUCACGGACAAGAAAACAAAUAGUGAUCCCGCGUUGCUUAUAUGUAGAACUAGACCAAACGAAUGAAUGAGAAGCUGCUGGUUGCUUCGCACAACGCACAACGUCGAAGUGACCAUGACUGUUUGUCACAUUUACGAUACAAAAGACGAGAAAAAUGUGUGAUCUGACAACACAGUAAACACGGACAGAAGAGGACAGCUGCUGGCACCAAUAUAGUAAAUGAAGACACUUUAUAAAACAACUAGAUUUAUCGUAACAUCAAGUCAAAGUGGUUCCAAGUUAACUUGGAUGCUGCUAUUCCAUGAGACAACCACAUGCAUGUUAGAUACAUUUAAUGCCUAACAAAGAAGAGACAUCAUCUAUGGUUCAGUGGUUCAGUAUGUGGAAUCAUGUUCUACUUUUGUUGAAGUGGUCGCGGGAUCGAAUCCCAUUAAAAUUAGUUUAUUUCACAAAGUGUUUGUGUG